AUGGGCCACUACCUCACUGAUGGAAUUUAUUCCAACUAUGCCACUCUUAUACAAACAAUUGCUGAACCGGUUGGUCCAAAAAAUUGCUUGUUUGCUAAAGUUCAAGAAGUUGCUAGGAAAGAUGUCGAGCGGGCAUUUGGGGUCUUGCAAGCAAGAUUUGCUAUUGUCAAAGUCCCGGCACGUAUGUGGAAUCCAAAAGACCUAGCUCGAGUUAUGAAAAUAUGUAUUAUAUUGCACAAUAUGAUUGUUGAAGAUGAACGUGAUGAAGAAAUUGAAGCAUGGCAACCCGCUACAAAUGAGGCUCCACAAACCGUGGAAGUGGAACAUGAUGAAAAUUUUCUUACAGCAACGUUGAUUGCUAAAUUAAUGAAGAUGGUGGUUGUUGGAAUUGAAUGUGGGGUGCAUAUGAGAAUGGGUAUGCUUGUGACAAUUGUGGUGAAGAUGGGAAACAAUAUGGGUAUGAUUGUUGCAAUUGGGGUUCAUAUUGGAACGAGUAUGAUUUUUGAGAUAGGGAUUGAGAUGGGUAUGCUGAUGAAAAUGGGUGUGCUUGUGGAAAUUCAGGAGUUUUUUUAG